CCCCAAUUAAUAUCUCCUCGUUAAAAUACGAAUCUUACAAUGACAAUCGCGGCGAUGCUUACGGGGUCAGGCUCACCUUCACCGAACUAGCCUCGCAUAAUUCUGAAUCUUCAACAAUAAUGUCGGAACAAGUCCAAAUUCCGGAAUCAUUUACCGUGCAAAUAAUCAAAUUUCCCGAACCCAUGAGUUUCAGGUAUACAAGCAAGUUCACAAAUUAUUACAAAUUCCUCUACGAAAACAAAGCGAACCAUAACAAUAUCCUAAGAAUCGUACACUUUAGUGAAACAGUUCUAUCGCUUCGCCAAAUUAAGGAACUUCGUAACAAAUUACCGAAAAUAACCUUUCUUGAAUCAUUUCUCCGUAAAGAUGCCUUUUUUCCUUGUAAUUUAUUAAAACAUGAAGAAUAUUGGGGUACACUGGACUCCUGGAUUCUGGAUAAUUCACCCCUCUCAAAAUUACAAUUAGCCCAAAAUCCGCUCCGUUUAAUGGAACUUUUAAAACUUCAAGUCGGCAUUGUUCAAGGGCUCCUGGAUGGUUUGACUUAUCUGCAUCGUGACCUAAACUUCGUUCAUGGCUCCAUUGGCCCAGAAGACAUAGUGUUCGCCUCACCACAUAGCAAACUUCCGGUAAAGUUAUUUUUUGGCGGGAACAGAUUAGGCGUGUGGCAGGGGCUGUGGGAGGAAUUCUAUUCGAAGGAAGGAACCAUGGAGGGAGACAUAUUUGCGGCGGGAAUUACAAUUAUGCAAAUUACUCAGUUAUUAAGCAGUCCCAUAAAGCAUUACACUGGGAGUGGCUAUGGCUCUCCUAAUUUUGUUCGGGUUGAAGAGCACGCUCUAAUUGCAAACGUGAAAGAAUUAAUUAUCGGCAUGACACCGAGCCUGGGACGGAAUGAGAGUGCAAUUCCACGCAUAAUUAAGAUUGAGGAUGCAAAAUUGCAAAUAAGAUGUUCACAAGAAGUUAAAAAUAAGAGUGAAAUGGAGGCGGAGGAAGAAGAAUAUAAAUUGGAAACGGGACAAAAUAAUGUCGACAUGGUGGCAAGACUUGCCAAUUUGAUAGAGGACCCUGAAGGGCACGUUUGGCUGAAACAUUUAACUUUUUAUGGCGAUCCCCUUGGCAAGGGGCCUUUGGCUUUGUGAGGACGGCUUUUGAUAAAAAUACAAAGCGACAUUCCGCCGUUAAAGUGAUAACUGGUGUUAGUAAGCUAAUGGAAUCAUCAUGUGGUUCUGGCGAAGGUGCGGUUGAGCCAAAAUUGGAAUUUACCAAUGUGGAGGAAUGUUUUCAUAAAAAUUUGGUCAAAUUGUAUCGAUUUCGUCAGUUUUUCGAACCACAGACACUAAAAAUGCAAACAAUUAUCGAGAUGGAACUCUGCGGUCCAACCCUAACCGUGUUUCUCAACGAUUCUGCCGAUAAGUCAAGGAAAAUACAGGGAUUCAAAAAUUUACACCUGUUCCAGGUACAAAUUGGGCAAGGUAUGAUUGAAGGGAUGCGUUACCUUCAUAACCAGAACGUCCUCCAUCGUGACUUGAAACCGGGAAACAUAUUCUUUACACGACCAAACGAUGGUGAUUUUUAUGAAUUGCCCAUAAAAAUUGGAGAUUUCGGAUUAUCAAAACACUUGAUUGGGCGUGAGGUUAAAAACUUGCCAGGCGACUGUGACGACAAUAAUAAGGACCAGUUUGAUCUGACCCUUGAACGGGGGACACUUGCCUAUCGGGCUCCCGAAGUGGAUUGUGGUGUCUACGGGAAGCAGGCAGACAUUUACAGUUUGGGUUUGACUUUUUGGGAAAUAUUUCAAGACUUAACACCCAACCGGAAUGAAAUGUUUGCAAAAUUACAGGACACAGAUCCAUCCCACUUAAUAAGGGAGCACCCCAUCAUCUCAAACUUAAAGCCGCUCAUCAUUUCAAUGACGCAAUUAAAUCCGGCCAACAGACUAAAAUCCAUGUCAGACGUAACUCUUAUUUCCGGCCGAGAAGAAUCCACCAUCCACGUGACAACUUCCGACGAAUUUACCACCAUUUUAGCAACUUGUUGUCAAGAAGUCACAAUCUUUCUCACCGCUGGAGAAUACCUUGGCCCAUUCCUUCUCUCUCAAGAAAGAGUUAUCAUCCAAGGCGAAACUGAUGAAAAUUUCAAUAACCUAGUCAUCAUUCGAAUGCCACCCGAACUGGAAAGUUUCAGCGAUCUAUUCACCCUACAAGCAGAUUAUUGCGAAUUGAAAAAUCUCUCUUUUCAACGAGCUCGCUCCACCUAUGAUAAGACAGGGUUCGUCCUUUCCAUUCCGGACGGCACAUGCACCUUAGAAAAUAUUACGAUUUCCGGUGGCACAACUGGGCUCCGAUUCGGUGGAAUAUGUUCAACCGCGACAAACAUAACGGUAACCGAUUGUGCCCAAUGUGCAAUAAUUGUUGCAGGAUGGCACCAAACUUUGGAGAAUAUCGUGGUGACAAAUACUGCAUCCGGGAUAAGCUUUAACGACACUGUUAAGCACGUCAAAUUAAGCGAUGUACAGCUAAAAGGUGUCCAAAUUGGGGUGGAGGUUUGGGGGGAGGGGCAUGAAAUUAGGAAUGUGACGUUGGAAAAUUGUGAAGAGAGUAUUUCAAAAAUGGGGAUGUAUACACUUUCCGGGAAACAUUGUAUUAUUGACAAUUUUACUAUUUGUCCGGAAUUAAAACGGAAUGGAAGUGAUUUUCAAGGGCUGUUGUUUGGAAGUAGGUCUGACUCUAUUGUGGUGAGUAAUAGUAGGUGUGGUCCAAUUGAAUUGGAUGGGGUGGGACAUACCCUGAUAAAUGUGGAUGUACAGGAAUUUCUGCAGAUAACUGGAUCAAGUCAUAGAUUAGAUAAUUGUAAGGGAAAAGUUUUACGAACGUUUGAGUGCUAUUAUACUACUGUGGAAGACAAUUGUAAUUUUGACCAUGAAGAGCAUAAGUAAGACUGUGGGUCAUAUUAUUGUCAAAAUUGGGAUAAAAGUAUUUUUAUGAUGCAUUUUUUACACAAUUUUAUUGAUAAUUAAAAAAUUAGAUGUGUACAUAUUUAUUCUAU